UUUCUUUUUCCGUCAUCCAUUAUUGGUAAGCAGUGUGGUUCUUUUAUGAAUCUCAUAAUUUUCAUUGUUACGUUAAUUUAUAUUUUAAUGCGUGUGUUUGUUUGAAAAAUCUUUGAUAUAAUUUUUUUUUUUUAAUAAAAAUGUUUAAACAAAUAACAUUGGGCGUUCCGGCAUUUCUCACAUCGUCGGAUUUGAUCCAAAUCAGAUCAGGAUCGCCUCAUUCAACGAUCCCGCUUUCAAAAUUGUAAUUAAAAUCUAAUUUUGAUGGCUUUGUUGUUAACGUAUUAGAUAAAUUCAGUGUAUUUUGUCUUGAAUGUUUUUUUCUAAUUUAUAUGAGAAGCAUCUCUAACACUAAAACGUCCUGACAUGUGAUGACAAACUUAUGCGUGUCAUUUGAUUCCAAAUAAUUUGAUGUUUAGGUCAGCAAGGUGAGAGUGUUUUACUGUCAUUUGGCUGUCUAAACAUCUUUCUUUUGGCUAAUGAUAACAUUUCUUACUGAUGUCAUGCCAUUUUAUUAUUUUAAUGUUACCAAAUUUAGUUGAUGUUAUUGUAAACCAAAAAAUUAUUUUAACCUUCUAGGCAUUAGGCCUAGCACUAAGUAAUUAGUGUAAUGAUGGCUCUAUAUAAUCACAGGAGGUUAUAUUGUACACACUCCAGUUUAAUCACAUGGCAUUUCAUUAAAUGACCGUGUUUCAUCACAUGGAGACAUUAGCUCAUUUUUGAGUUUAAUUAUUUAGAUUUUUAGAUCAGCAAGGUGAGAGUGUUUUGCUAUCAUUUGGCUGUCUAAUCAUCUUUGUUUUUGGCUAACAAUAACAUUCCUUUCUGAUGUCGUGACUUUUUUUAUUUAUCGUGGUUAAUGUUAUUAUAAACCAAAAAAUUAUUUUAACCUUCUAGGCAUUAGGCCGAGCACUAAGAAAUUAGUGUAAUGAUGGCUCUAUAUAAUCACAGGGGGUUAUAUUGUACACACUCCAGUUUAAUCACAUGGCAUUUCAUUUAAAUGACCGUGUUUCAUCACAUGGAGACAUUAGCUCAUUUUCAGUACCUUGAUUUUUUCCAAUGAGCAUCUAAAAAAGUUGAUAUGAUAAAUGUAAAUAGAUGCAAUUUUGUAUUUUCACUAAUCCUAAUUUAUAACUGAUGAUUUAAGAAACAUCAUAGAAGAUGACAAACUCCGGAGGUUAUAGAAGAGGAACGAGACACUUGUUCUCUCGCAAGUUCAGGAAGAGGGGAGUCAUACCCAUCUCUACAUACCUCAAGACAUACAAAAGAGGUGACAUGGUAGAUAUCAAGGGUAAUGGUGCAGUUCAGAAGGGUAUGCCUCACAAAUCGUACCAUGGAAGGACAGGUGUGGUGUACAAUGUCACCCCACAUGCUGUUGGUGUCAUUGUCAACAAGAGAGUCAAGGGCAGAAUCCUUCCUAAGAGAGUAAACAUCAGAGUGGAGCACAUCAAACAUUCAGCUUGCAGGCAGGAGUUUCUCAAGAGGGUAGCUGAGAAUGAGAGGAAGAAGAGAGAGGCCAAGGAGAGCAAGACUGUUGUCUUCUGCAAGAGACAGCCCGAACAGCCAAGACCAGGUCAUUUUGUAUCAACAAAAUAUAACAAGCCCAUCAUACUGGAGCCAAUCCCAUACGAGUUCCUCGCUUAAACUUUUCAAUAAAAAAUACCUGAUAGAUGCAUUUUGUUUACAAUGAUUGUCAGUUCAGUUUUGUUUGACAAUUUCAUAAAAGUUGUUGAAUAAAAUGAAUCUAUUAAACUAAAAAU